UCUGUUGAUAAACGUUGCGCCAAACCGAAUAUAUGCCCUUCUCGCAGUUUCUCCGUUAUCAAAUCGAUUUUUAUCUGAGUACAGACUACAGAGCUGCUGGUGCCGCGCCGAUUGUUUGGUGUAUACUGUAUACUGUAUAGACCUGAGUCUGUAGUUGAUUCUGUUGAUAUUAUUUGCUCGUUAAUACUUAUUGCUUAAACCAGAUAAUCCGUUCACAUUAACCAACAACAAAACAUCAACUGAAAGUAUUAAAAGUCCAUAAUGAAAGAAAUGCUUGGUGGAUGCAGUGUGUGCUGUGAUGACACCGGAUGGGCUGAAAACCCCUUGGUGUAUUGUGAUGGACCUAAUUGUAACGUUGCUGUACAUCAAGCUUGUUAUGGAAUUCGGAGUGUACCCAAGGGAGAGUGGUUAUGCAGAAAAUGUGAAGCUUACAAGGAAAAAAAUAUUAAAGCGAAAUGUGAAUUGUGUCCAUCUAAGGACGGUGCUCUAAAACCUACUGAAAAUGGUCAGUGGGCUCAUGUUGUAUGUGCAUUAUAUAUACCAGAAGUUACAUUCUUAGAUGUUACAACUAUGGAACCAGUCAAAUUGAGUGAAAUACCUCGUGAUCGCUUUAAUAGAACGUGCUAUAUAUGUGAAGAAAAGAAUAAUAAAGGAUCAAAAUCAUCAACAUAUGGAGCUUGCAUGUCAUGUAAUAAAGCUGGUUGCAAGUUGAGUUUUCAUGUAACAUGUGCUCAAAGCGUUGGACUGUUAUGUGAAGAGGCUGGGAUAUAUUACGAUAAUGUAAAAUAUGUUGGUUACUGCAAACAUCAUUAUUCAAAAUUGAAAAAAAGUAAUAACAUAAAACCUAUUGCGCCAUAUCGACCACAAAGUAAUUUAGAAAAUUCAUCAGCAGAGUGUUCUCCUGAAAAGCAAGCGGUUUCUACUAAGGCUGACACAGAUAUUCAAGCAACUAAACAAAAAAAGGAUUUAACUGAAUUCAACAAAAAAAAAUUGACCAUCAUAAAUAAUAAUAAUGAUAAAACUGUAAAUGAGAAAAAAAUAAAAGAACUAAGUUUUCCAAAUAUUCCGAGUAAUGAACGGAAUAAAUCACAACCGCAUAUUGUUUCUACGCAUCCGUCUGGGAAUUUGAUUAUUUCGAUUGGAGCAAAACCCCAAACAAUUACUUCAGGUAUCAAAAAUCUACAUUCUAACGAUUUAGAAUCGGGAAAUCCAACCAAAUAUCAGAAAAUGGAUAGUGUAAUGAGCACUGAUAAACCAAAAAAAAAUCAAAAUUCUGAAGUACUUAAAAUUGUAGAAGAACCUAAUUUAUCUCGAAUGGAAAAUGCAAAUACAAUUAUUAAGUCAAAUGUAUCUGGAGCCAACAAAUUACAUCUACCUGAAUCAAAUGCAAGAAAAAAUGAAACUAGUGUUAUAAACAUUCCAUUUAAUGCUACUAUGCCUAAAAAAGAGCCUGAAAAAAAAAUAUUUGAAAAUAAUAGCAGUGCACCACAUAUGUUGGGAAAUUCAUUAAAUCCUUCCUCCAGUAUGGCACAAACAAUGGCCGACACGUUGAGUGAAGAAAUUGAAACCCAUAAAAAGUAUGGUGGAGAUAAAAAUUUGUCUGCUGGUCAACAACAGUCAUCUUACAAGGGUCCUCAGCUGCAUCGCCGUUUUCCAAAACCUUCAACUAGUCAAUCGAGUACAGUUUCUCAGUCUCAGGGAUCAGCUUCUUCGUGGUCAUCAAUACCUAAUGGACUUAACAACAGUACUCAUGAAUUGGAAGAUUUACUAGAACGCCAAUGGGAGCAAGGCGGUGCAUUAUUAAUGGAACAAGCACAACAUUUUGAUAUUGCUUCAUUGUUAACUUGCUUAUAUCAGUUAAAAAGUGAAAACGUGAAUUUAGAGGAUGAAUUAGCAACGUACACAAGACGCCGUGAUCACUUAUUAGCUGUUAAUGCAAGACUUGCAAUUCCAUUACCACCUCAAAAUACAGGAAACAGAACACCAGCAUCGACCUCUUCAGCUCCUACUAGUAGUCAUUCAGAAGCUUUUGUACAUUCUAGACCUAAUUAUCAAUCCAGUUUACAGCGCAUCGAUUCUCAGCUACAGCAUAAUUACCAGAAUCAAAUGUCAAACAUGCAUCAAGUUCAUCACAGUAUGUCGAAUAAUAUCCCAUCUCAUGUUGUCAUUCGAGGUGGUGUUGGCCAGGAUCCGCGAUUAGACAACAGAAGACAGUCUAAUCAAAACUCUGGUCAAAUGAACUUAAAUCAGAUGUAUCAACCGAACCCGCAACAGUUGCCCAGUAUGGGGUUACCUCAUCAUCAGUUGGGUAUGGAUGGCCUUCCAAAGCAUAGUUGAGAGCUUGUUCCUCACUCAGGUGAGCAAUGUACUUCACUCUUAGCAGAUUUUGUUUGGAAACAUAUAGCUUAAGCCUUGAUAAUCAACUAUGUUUAAAAUAAGCUCCAGUUAAUUUAUAGUGCAUUAAAACAUUUCGUUUUCUUAAUUAAUUAUGAGAUAAGAUUAUAUUAAUAAUUAAAUUAUAAGUAUUCUUAUGGCAUCUAUCAUCUAUGCUAUGUAUUGUGUAUAUUUUAAUCAUGAUUUUUUUCAAAAUACUAAAAUUAUAGUAUAAUCUUGUUGUUGCAUGUCAAAAAUAAUGUUAUUAUAGUUACCUCCUCAAAAAGUGCUUAUAAUUAUUUCAUUUCUACUAGAUUAUUAAGUGACAAUUAUUAAUGUGUGUUAAAUAAUA